GAUUUGUAGAGCGCUCGGUGUGAACUAUGACCUUAAGAAUGUGUUCGUGCUGCACACGAAUUGGCUUAGGCAUCGUUCUCUGUCAAAGCCUCAUCACUCGAGAAUCUUCACUUAGAACGUCAUUCUAAACAGCGUCUUACCUUAGUUUUAGUUCAUAUCAGCUUCUCAUAUUUUUAUACGGUCAGUGAGAGUAUCAAGUCCCUUACAUUGAGAGAGUGAGGGGGUAACACCCAGGAACUGGAGACAACAAAACAGAGUGGACUGUAGAUACACCUACUCCCCAAGAGUAAUCAAAUGCUGGAUUUCGCUGACGGCUCAGCUAGUCCAAGCGACUUCCCAGGAGUCCUUCAAGAGGAAACCUGAUAUGUUGUCAAAGACUAAGAAUCCAAUCUCUAUAAUGUCUAAGGGAAUAACAUUGUGUGGCCAACAAAUUGCCCAAGUUAUUGGUCAAAUAAUUAGAUCGGAUGUGGCUUAUUUAAAAUCAAACUUCAACAUUUCUCCCAAAUUGGUCGUUAUUGAAGUUGGUAAUCUACCUCAGUCAAAGUUGUACAUAACGCAAAAAUCCAAAUUUGCAGAAAAGUAUGGCAUACUUUUGUCUCACAUGCGAUUUCCAUCACAUAUACCUGAGUCAGUGCUUUUAGAUUACGUUUAUAAGUUGAAUUCUGAUUCAUCAGUGCACGGUAUCACUUUACAAUUACCGUUUGAUUCCGAUUCAAAUAUUAAUGUUACUAAUUCACUGAAUGCUGUUGCUACUCUCAAGGAUGUUGAAGGUCUAAAUGCUUAUAAUACAGCUGUAUUAAGUCGUGGGGAUAUACUAUGUCCUCACUGUGAAAACGUAAAACAACAGCAUGUUCAUAUACCUUGUACAGCAGCCGCAUGCUAUGCUUUUAUUCGUCAUGUGAAUUUUCCUAUAAUUGGUUCACGCUGUGUAAUCAUUGGUGGUGGUCGUCUUGUUGGAGCACCCACAGCGGACUUGUUGUCACGGUCGUGCGGUGCAACAGUUAUACAAUGUCAUAUACAGUCAAAUAAUAUUAACGAAGAAAUUAAGCGAGGUGAUGUUGUCAUCUCAGCAGUUGGACAUCCAAGAUUAAUAAAGGGUGAAUGGAUUAGACCAGGAGCAUUGGUAAUUGAUUGCGGCUAUUCUGUUCUGAAUGAUCCUCAAAAUCCAAACAAAUCACGAUGUGUCGGUGAUGUAGAAUUUGAAACAGCUAUAGAAAACGCGAAAUGGAUUACACCAGUUCCAGGUGGUGUUGGUCCAGUUUCAAUCGCUAUGUUAUUUCGUAAUACUGUGAAUAGUGCUAAAUGGUCUGUAGGAUUAAAUAAUUCCAUAUGUUCUUGUCCAAAUUAUUGUGAAAACGAUAUCCUAUUUAAAGAGCAUGUUGAUAGAAAAGUGUCUACAUAAAAAUGAUGAUAGCUGUCUUAGUUAAUCUAAUCAAUGGAUAUUGUUUUUUAGUUAAAUAUAUUCUGUAUUUAUUCAGUUAUUUUGAAAAGAUUCUAAACUAUACAUUUAUUGUACAUUUUUUCUACUACCUUAUAUUCAUUAGCGUUUUGCUAAUCGUAAUAUAGGCGAAAGCGAUAUUAAACUCUAUGUCACUUAUUUGUAUACUCAAUUAUUAUUACUUUUAAGUGAGUAUUUUAACUUCGUGCAAUUAGCAUCUUGUGAUGUAUAAUGUAAAAUAACCCAACUACAUAAUAAAACAUACAGUUCUUGUUGUUCAUAUGAAAUAAAAACAUAUUUUAUGUAU